UCGAAAAAGUUUUGAUGGUUUGACGGCACGGACAGCACGCAGAAUAAACUUUGUGCAGCCAUAUUUUUUUCGUGUAUUUCGUCGUCUAAGCAGGAGCGGAGCUAAUAGUGUACGCACAAAAUAUAAUUCCAGCUUUUAUUAUCAAUUCGAACUCUGUUUGGCUCCGGACUGCUUUGAAUGCUGGCAGGUAACAUCGAUUAAUCACGGGAUAUGAAUUCAAAUGUGGAAACUUAGCAAAAUAGUGUACAUUUUGAAUAGUUAAAUUGUAUGAACAAGUGAAGUGUGUUUUUCUUCGUCUUCUUUCUUUUUGGAUGUGUUCCGUCUGCGCUCCACGUAAACAUAACUUUGAGCGGUGCUGAAAACAUUAGAAAGUGGUAGUAACCUAAUAUCUUUCGUAACGAGACUGAAAUCUUCCUGUAAAAAAAAAACGACUGCUGAUUCAUCAAAAUGGCUUGUGCAACGCUAAAACGUUCACUCGACUGGGAAAGUCUGAAUCAAAGACCAGCAAAGCGUCGGAGAUGUCAUCCUUUCGGUAGCCCUAGCAGUAGCAGCGCUCAGCAUCCUUCAGCAUCUUCUUCCUCAGCUGGCAGUGCGAUGCGUGUGAUGGAACCGAAGCCUUCGCCAUUUGCUGAAGCAGUUUGUCCAAAACUGACACCAGAAAAAAUGGCCCAGAACAUCACCGAAGAGAUCAAAAGACUGCACCGUCGCAAGCAGCUAACAUUCAACACAGGCAAUAUGGAGCGAAUGCAGGACUCCGAAUCAAGCGGCUCCGAAAUGGGCCCGGACAGCCCGCGCAGACCGGAAAGCCCACCGAGUAUGGUUAAGAAUCCGGAGAAAGCACUGUUCACAUUCAAACAGGUACAAAUGAUCUGUGAGCGUAUGCUUAGAGAAAGAGAAGAUGCCUUGCGAGAACAGUAUGAUGCCGUUUUGACCACUAAACUAGCCGAGCAGUAUGACGCAUUUGUGAAAUUCACAUACGACCAAAUACAGAGACGUUACGAGGCAGCACCCAGUUAUCUUUCCUAAUCAACUUGUUGGCGGAAGUUGCAAUUGCAGUUAUAAUUGAUCGCUAAUAUACAUCCACUCAAUGCAACAACAACAUCAAUACACACAAAUCUAAGCGUUUGAAUAUCUUUAUAUCUACGUAUUACUGAAUUUUGCUCUUCUUUUAUUUGUACUGAUUUCUAUUAUUUGUCAUACCUAUUGAUGUUUUUAAAGCGAACAAAAGAUAUACUGCCUGUAAUCGCAUAACUGUAACAUUCGACAUUUUAUGGAUUUCGUGCUUUUUAUUGGGAAAUGCUUAGAAUAGUAUGUACUUUUUACAUCUGAAAAAAUAUGCUUAUGUUUGUGUGAAAAAAGUCGUAAAAAAUACCAAGUUGUUUUGUCACAUAGCGUAAAUAACCGCAUAAUUGUCACAAACUUUUCCAACAUUUUUGUCAAAAAAGCUUCCAUCCAAAUCCACAUCUGCAUCCUUUGGAACUCGGAAGUUAUUCUGGUCCGGUAACCAACCACCGGUGAUCCGUUUCUGAUGUUCAGCUCAUGCUUGUUGAAUACAUGAAAAACUUCAUUUUCCCUGUAAUAUAUUCCAAAAGUAGCUUGAAUGUGACGGCAUAAAUGUAUCAUUGCAAAAAUUUCAACCAAUUUGACUUCAAAAGUAAUGUUUAUUGCAUACAGAGUGUAAAGUAGUGCUUUCUUCAUGAUACAAAGUUCAGUUAAAGUGUCUAUUUGCAAGAAUAUAUAGGGAACAAAGCAUUUAAGGUCAAAAUAUAAAAGUGCGAUUUGCUCGAACAACCAAUUUUGCAAAUGUUACAAAUAUGCGAUUAUGGGCAGUAUAGCUUCGACACAAAACGACGGAACCGCUUAAGUGCGCAUGCUUUUCAAUGGGUAUGUUGCUUAAUUUCUCGUAACAGUUAGUUUCUUCUCGAGUGUAUCGGUCAAGUAAUGCAGGGAAAAAAUAUCCUUUCGCAAGUUAUACUUGGUAUGCGAUUUAGAAAGCAGUCGGUCCAAAUUUCGGUCAUUGUUUCGAAUAGUACUACCACCACAUACGUUGAAUGAUUAAAAACAAAAAUGGAAAACCUGAAACCCGAAAACUACUCAAAACAACAGCUGGAACAAACAGUAGAACAAUUAUGUUGUUCUGUUCAUCUUAAUUCGUUUGCUUCUUGCUUUACUCAAUGCUCGGAAGAGCUCGGUUCCAUAUUGGUUCCAUAGCUAAAUUUAGUUAUAAGGGUUUUGUUUCGUUAAUAAAUUAAAUUUAAUGCUAGUUUUUAUUUGUUUUACCUUUUUCGCCUCUCUUAUUGAUUUUGUUCGCCUCCAACAUUAUAGUCAAUUUCUUUUUUCAACAUAUUUUCAGUGUAACUUCAAUUUUGUGUACAUUUAUAAAUAUCUGAUUAACUAUUAUACUAUGUACAACAGUGUUAUUUUGCAAUACGCCUAAUUGAUUCCAUUCAACAGUCAUUUAGUAUAGUUGUUUCGGGAAAUAUUUAAGGUAAUUUACAGACGUGAAAUUCCAGGAUAAUGUCGCGGUUGAUUGAAAAUAAAUUUAUCGAACGACGACAAAAUGUCUUGUGAUGAAGGGAAAUAAACUAAAACAAAUUAUCUCACUGUGUAGGGAAACUCGAUAAUAUUAAUAAACGAUGAGAAGGUAAAAAACUAGUGGUCAAGCGAAAAAGCAUAAUUCACAGACAACAUACAACAUAUACAUUUAUACAUAUGGAACUAUAUAUAUAUAUUUAUAUAUACAUAUAGAAACAGACAUAACAAACAAAUCAAGAAAAAAGCUCGCAAACAACUAGUAAACAAAAAAAUCUAUUCGAAAAGAUAUGCAGAAGAAUGCAGAAAGAAAAUGGUUCAUAAGAGUUAAGUUUUUAUAAAAGUUAAGGCAUAAAAUAAGCGAGAGAUAGGAAUAGUUGAAGCAGCCGCUAUGGAUCGUCGAUAUAUAUUAGUAUACAAACUAAACGGAAGCAGAGUAAAAGAUUGUGCGAAAAUAAAAUUGAAAGAAAAAAUACAAAAAAUUAAGCUUAUACUACGAAUAAUAAGACGAGUAAGUUAACGAAUAAGCGUUUAUAUACAUAUGUUUUAUAUAAAACGAGAAAAAAUGUAACAAAAUAAUCUUCAAACCAGUAACUAAACUAUUUGCGACGGAAAGCAGCAGGUAACAAAACAAACAAACAAAAUCAUUAAUGGUUCCGAUGUCAUUGCAAGUAACUCACUCGAGCACCUUUAUAGCAUCAAAUAGUGCAUUAUAAAAGCAGCCGCUGCUACACUGCUAAUAAGUAAAAAAUUACCUACCUUAGCCAAAAUAAGUCACAUCAGCGAAAGCAUGAAAAAAUAACCCUUUCCAUAUUGUUACGCAAAUGUACGAACCACUUGAUGUUUAGUCAAAGUAACUAAAAAGGUAAGCACAUUGCAAAUCAACAAUCAACAAACAAAAUAUACAUACCAGUCACCAAAGCAAAACAAGCGAAAAAUAAGUGUCGAAGCGGAAUUUUUCCUCUGAGUAGUAACAAGCGAGCAUAGAACAUAGACCUGCUGGUAUAGUGCCUACCCUUACAAGGCAAUAGCGCGACAUUAGAAAUACAGCGGUAGCGAAGGUAACAUGACCAUAGAACGGGUUGUUGCUGUUGCAGGUACAUAAGAAUGAUACUAAAAUGGUUAUUUCCUGAAUAGGUAACAUGGUAACUGGAACGUUACUUGUCAUUUUCCAAGCACCUGGAUUUUAUGCAAGUAAAAAUCGGAAAAUUAAUUCAUGCUAACCAAACCACAUGAAAAUAAAGCGCAGUUUGCUAAGUCCAUGAGUCGA